UCUUGCAUUCUUUCGCAUACCACACAUUCAUUACAAGAGCAGGUCUUGUACAACAUGCUUUUGUCUUCCAUCAAAUUGGCCUUGCUGGCCUCUCUGGCUGCCUUGGGCAGCGCAGAAGACAGUAAAUGGUGUGAUUUUUACAAGGGCGCCGAUGGGGGAGAACCUCCUUUUGCUCCUUCAAUGAACGUCGGUUACGGUGGUAAAGACAACAAAUGGGGGGAUUAUGACUGUGCUUCCAGGUGGCAAGAAGGAGACCCUAUCAUUGGAGUAGAGGCAUGGACAUCGCGUGCCUCAGUCGAAGCAAUCCAGUUUUUCUUUGCCAGUGGUGAAACUACAAGGUUGUACGGUAAAAUUCCAACUCCGGGUGGGGAACAUGAAGGGUGGCAUGAGAAGAAGAUUUGGGAUGCUGGUUCAAGUGUUGAGGUUAGAGUCUUUGGCAACAAAAAUCAACUUGGAAGGAAAGGGGACGAUGCAUUCAAGUCAAACGCCAUUGGAAAACUUGAGAUAUUCCAGAACAACAAAGCUAUUUUCAGUAUUGAGGCGAAACAUUCUCCCGAUAUGCAACCGGAUUACGCUCACUUCAACCAAGGCGCUGGCAUCAUUAUGGGCGUGAGGAUUCGCGACAAGGAUUGGAUCACCAACCUAGAUUUCCAAAUGCUCAGGUCAAAGGUUCCCAAAAACGGCCUGAAAGUAAUCAAGAUCGACCCCAAGACGACAAUUGAGGAAGCGAACGCGAAGCAAAUGGGUGUUGAUCAAAAAAGUCUGGCUUCAGUCUACUACGUAAACAACAAUAAACCGGGAGGUGCAAACGUCACGUGGAAAUUCGGGAAUUCAAAAGGGCUGAAGACGUCGCAGGUAGAAACAUGGGCGAGGGGGCAUACCUUCGGUUUCGGUUUAGAAAUGAUGGUGGGCGGGGAAGCCGGAAUCCCGCUCGUCACCAAGGGCAAGGUCGAAAUCACAGCAAAGGCCAAUUAUGAAUAUCAGACGACAAAGACUACUUCGACUAAUCAUGAGGACACUGACACUCUCAGUUGGGACAUCAGUAGUGGCACCACGAGCAAUAUGCUCGAGCCUCAAAAGGCUAUGCAUUGCACUUCGUGGUGCCUGGCCGGAAGAUUCGACAGCGAUUUCGAUAGCGUUAUUGAGGCAUCAAUGGACGACGGCGGCAAAUUCCAGUACAGAAUGCGCGGCAAUAUUGUCACUGUGUCCUAUACAGAAGCCGUGGCCUCUUGCCGGGAGGUGGACAUUAAGUCAGUUCCCAAUAAUGCUGAGAUGGGAGAUGUGGAGAAUGUCAAGAAGCGCCGCAGUAUAUCUUACCAAGCCUAA